AUGGAACGUGCGUCAUCAAAUUUAUCCCUGUUAUCUAGCCAUCUCAAUCCUCAAUUCUAAUCAAAUCAAGUCUCUAAGCUUAAGCCAGUAGACGAUGUUUGGGAGAGUCUCAAAAUGGAUAGCUACCUCACUCCUGAGAAAGUCGAGCUCAGAAAGAAGACUAGAGCCUUUAUGGAAUCUAUAGAGAAGGAGCUUCAUGAUUAUAUUAACAAGACUGAAUUCCCAUUCCACUUAGUUCCUAAAAUUGCUCAAUUGGGCAUCAACGGGCUACAAAUGAAGGAGUUUGGAGCACCAGGGCUUACUAGCGUUGAGACUGGCGCUAUUUUAUUUGAGAUGGCUAAAGUUGAUAUGUCUGUCACAACUUUUCUUAUGGUUCACAACUGCAUUGGAAUGUCUGUGGUUGAAUUCUUGGGAGAUGACGAUCAGAAGAACAGAAUUCUUCCAGACUGCCAAGCUCUCAAGAAGGUCAUUUGUUUUGGCUUGACUGAGCCAGAUUAUGGAUCAGAUGCCUCCAGUCUGAGAUCCAGCGCUAAAAAGGUUGAAGGUGGUUACCUCCUUAAUGGAAAGAAAAGAUGGAUUGGCAAUGCUACAUUUGCUGACUACAUUAUCAUUUGGGCUAGAAAUGAAGCUGAUGGAAACAGAAUAUAAGCCUUCGUGGUUGAAAAAGGAUCUAAAGGUCUAAAAACAGAGAAGAUUGAGAACAAAUAUGCAUUGAGAAUGACUUAAAACGCUGACAUCACGCUAGAUAAUGUAUUCGUACCUGAUAACAAUAAGUUAGCCAAAGCCAAAGAUUUCUCAUCUGCUAACUUGAUUCUUGAACAUUCAAGAGUUGGAGUUGCAUGGACAGCAACCGCUAAUGCUGUUGGAGCAUAUGAGGCUUCAUUGAGAUAUGUAAUGCAAAGAAAGCAGUUUGGAAAACAAAUAGCUGCCUUCUAAGCAACAUAACUUAAACUUUCCAAAAUGCUUGGUCAAUGUGAGUUGAUGCUCUCUCUUUGCAUGAGACUCUCUCAACUUGUUGAUUAAGGCAAAACUACAAUUGGAUAGAUUGGCAGAACCAAGGGUAUCUGCAGUGCCAUCGGAAGAGAAGUAUGUGCAACUGCUAGAGAGAUUUGCGGUGGAAAUGGUAUUCUGCUUGAAAACAGAGUCAUUAAGAGCAUGUUGGAUGCUGAAGUUAUCUACACUUAUGAGGGAACAUAUGAAGUUAACAUGCUAGUCUCUGGCAGAGAAAUUACUGGAGGAAUCUCUGCCUUUAAAUGA